AUGCAGGUUGAUGGGGAAACUCCACAAACUGCACCAAACACUGACAGCACACGUGAUGCAGACAGUCAACACGGAGAUUUCGGUGAGAACUCUGAACUUCAUAGUUUCUCAGAUCGACCGUUGUCCACUUUAGCGGAAAUGCUCGCUCGACAUCGUCAGCUGUGGCGCUCGGCCGAACCCUAUCUAGAACAGUGGGAGAAUAUGAUCAACUCCGAAAGCCUCAUACAGGAAAAACUACAUUCUACACGUCACAACCCCGGACAUCGGGAUGAGGUGGAAAGCGCAUCAAGAGAGGAUGCUGCUAGACCGUCUGACAGUGAAACCACUACACGAACACUUUCACCUCCGGCACGCUCAGUAGUUCCGGAAGGUGUAGCAGCCUCUUUAUCGGAGCACACUUGGCAUCAUCACGUAAGAAUCGAUAACUAUUUUAUUUGA